AAAGAGAGCUGGAGAGAAAAGAGGAGGAGAAAAAGAGGAUGGAGUGGAAGAAGGAGGAGGAAGCGUGUAGCGCAAAAGGCAAAGAACAGACUGCUAUUGAAAAUCUGGAGAGACUGCUCUCCAGCAGCUCCUCCAGAACACCCCCACCUCCUCGCCUCUCUUCUAUUACUGCACCUCCUUCAGGUCCACCGCCCCCCAGUUCCCAGGCUUCACCCCCCUACCCCUGGCUAAGCCGUGGUGGUGUACUCCCCUGUCCACCGGGCCAAACGCCCACCACCACUACUCCUGUAGAAAGGCUGCGGCCGCCUCCUCUUACACCUCAGACUGAGUAUGCCAGAGAAAAGCAGAGGCAGAGGGAGAUGUGGAGCAACAAUGGCGGAACGACAUUCAGUCCCUCAUCAACACACAAUACCUCAGGGAUGAACCAGCCGGUGUACCCCAACAAGCCCCCGGCAAUGCAAGCCGCACCCAACCAAUCCAAAGACUCAACCAGGGAGAGAGACAGCAGCCAACACUCUCUCCCUACCAUGGCACUUAGAGAGCCCCCCAAACUGUAUCAGGCUUUUCCCAGAGAAAACCCUCCACCACCACCUUUAUCCUCCACCUCCAGCUCCACAGGGGGAAUUCUCAACAAGCGGCUGACAGGAAGUGGUUUCGAAAAUGCCAGCAGCAGUGGCACUGACUCAGACAGUGCUCAGUUUGAGGAGGAGCCCUCCGAGUUGUCCACACUCCUCCCUGAUGGUCUGGCUAACAUCAUGGCCAUGCUGGAUGAGUCGAUCAAAAAGGAAGAGGAGAUGUAUAACAAUGAGAAGACUGGGUCCACAGGUCUCCUUGACAACUUCUCUCUUAGUGUCCAGCCUAUCAAGAGCUACCUUUGUGCCCCAGACCUCAUUCCAGCAACGAAGCAUCAGCCCAACCAGGAAGACUUUGGAUCCAAUCCCCAUGCUAGCCCUCCUGUGCUCAGCCGCCAAGGCUCUCUGGCAUCCCCUUGCAGCCGGACAUCCUCUCUCAACGAGGAUGAUGAGGACUACCUUAAACCUUCUCCAAAUGUCUCUAAACACUCAAUGGACAUGGGAGUGGGAGUUGGAAACACCAAUUACCGCCACAGUGACCUGGCUAAACUUUAUGGCCUCCCUGAGCAGACUAAAAGUGAGGCUGAUGAGGACGAUGAUGAGGAGGACUCUGAGACCCCAUCUUGUUCACCACCACCCCAAAGACCUCACCUCCACCAAACAGGUGUAAACAGCAUGUUCAAGUCCCUAGCAACAGUCCUAGAGAGCCAGAAGUAUGCAUACAGAGGUGGGCCUUUUGGGAGACCACCUCCAUCAGCUCUGGUUGGGGUGAAAUAUUCCUCUUCACUGUCACUAGGUCCUGAUAUCUGCCGCCAGCAACAAAGUGGUUCUCCCACAUCAGAUUCAACCAAUCCACCAUUGAGUCCAGCUGUCCCACCUUUUAAGUCCUCUCCUCCUCUGCUGGAAGACAAGAAACUGAAAAUAGAGGAUGCUGACAUCUGGAGAGAUCAUGGAGAAACCACAGAAGAAAUGAUAAACAUGAUCAAAAAAGAGAGUGUUCCUACCAUAAAGCCUAUUAAGGUGGUCAAGGAGGAGCAAAGGUUGAAAACCAUCUCAGACUCUUCUCUGGACGAGUUGGGAAAUAGCUGCGAGGUCCUGCUUGGCCGACAGUCACUUCCUAACAAGAACUCCCUUGAUAAGCCGGACAGUCGUGGCAGACUGGAGGGCAGCCACAAAUCUGAGAAAGUAAAGGAACACAGAGAUAAAGACAAAAACAGAGACAGGGAGAGAGAAAGGGAGAAAGAGAAGAAGAGAAAGCACGGUCACAGCCACAGUAGCAGCAGGAAGCAUGAUGACAGAAAAGAAAAAAAGAAGCAUAGAGAAAAGAGAGAGGAGAUGGCCUUUUCCUCUUCUUCUUCAUCAUCAUCAUCAUCAUCUUCUUCUUCCACCCAUUCCAGCUCCAGCCACAAGCGGCACAAGGAUGGUAAGAGCCAUAAGGAGAAGAAGGAUCGCAGAAUUCUUGGUGACCUCAACCUCCAGAGCAAAGAGGGGUCGGAGAAGAAUCGGAGUCACUAUGACACGGAUAAAAAGAAACGCAAGGAAGCAUCAGGUGCCAGCUCCACCAGUGAAGGGGAGCAUGCAGAAUGGACCUCAAGGAGUUCUGGAGAAAGAUCUUCUGAGCAUAAAAAAGGCUCUGAAUCUGGUCCAUUAGGUUCCACGGACUUCUUGAAACUGAAGGCACUGUCAGAUGGGCCACCCAAGGAGCUGAAGAUUCGCCUGAUUAAAGUAGAGAGUGGGGACAGGGAGACAUUCAUUGCCUCUGAGGUGGAGGAAAAGAGAAUCCCACUGGAAGAAAUCAGCAUCAAGAACACUGCCAGUGAAAUCAUCAGGUCCUGCAAGGGGGCCAGGGUCAAAGGGAAGUUCAGAGAAUCUUACUUGCUCCCAGCCUUCUCAGUAAAGCCCAUCAUGACUUCAGAGGAACCCAUUCCUAGAGAGAAACUCAACCCUCCUACACCCAGUAUCUAUUUGGAGAGUAAGAGAGAUGCCUUCUCCCCUGUGCUGCUGCAGUUCUGUACAGACCCCAAGAAUCCUGUUACUGUCAUCAGAGGCCUGGCUGGAUCUCUACGACUAAACCUGGGGCUGUUUUCUACCAAGUCGCUGGUGGAAGCCAACGCAGAGCAAGCGGUGGAGGUGAGGACUCAGGUGCAGCAGCCUGCUGAUGAGAACUGGGACCCCAGUGGGACAGGUCAGACAUGGCCCUGUGAGAGCAGCCGCUCCCACACCACCAUCGCCAAGUAUGCUCAGUACCAGGCCUCCAGUUUCCAAGAGAGUCUCCAGGAGGAGAAAGGCAGUGAUGAGGAGGAGGAUGAAGAUGAUGAGAAGGAGAAGAAGCCAUCCAACUGUUCUGAUAAUCCCAGCAAGGAAAGCUCUAAAGAAAGCACCAGUGGUGAGCAGAAACCAGUCGGGAAGAUCAUUAAAUUUGGUACAAACAUCGACCUGUCAGAUCCCAAGAGGUGGAAACCCCAGCUUCAAGAGUUGCAGAAGCUGCCAGCUUUUAUGCGUGUAGCAUCCAGUGGAAAUAUGCUUAGCCAUGUUGGACAUACAAUCCUUGGCAUGAACACUGUCCAGCUCUACAUGAAGGUUCCAGGGAGUCGGACACCAGGUCACCAGGAGAACAAUAACUUCUGCUCUGUGAACAUCAACAUCGGUCCUGGAGACUGUGAGUGGUUCUCUGUCCAUGAGAACUACUGGCAUGCCAUCAAUGACUUCUGUGAAAAACAUGGAGUGGACUACCUGACAGGGUCCUGGUGGCCAGUGCUGGAGGACCUCUACAAUGCCAACAUCCCAGUGUACCGCUUCAUCCAGCGGCCUGGAGACCUAGUGUGGAUCAACGCUGGAACUGUUCACUGGGUUCAGGCUGUGGGCUGGUGCAACAACAUUGCCUGGAACGUUGGACCUCUAAAUGCUUACCAGUACCAGCUGGCCCUGGAGAGGUUUGAGUGGAACGAAGUCAAGAAGGUCAAGUCCAUCGUCCCCAUGAUUCACGUGUCCUGGAAUGUGGCACGCACGGUCAAGAUCACAGACCCAGACACCUACAAGAUGAUCAAACACUGCCUGCUGCAGUCUAUGAAGCACAUCCAGAUCCUGCGAGACCAACUGGUGGCUGAAGGCAAGAAGAUUUCCUAUCAGAGUCGGGUCAAAGACGAGCCUGCCUACUACUGCAACGAAUGUGAUGUGGAGGUGUUCAAUUUGUUGUUUGUGACAAGUGAGAACAACAACAGGAAGACGUAUGUGGUUCACUGUGAGGACUGUGCACGUCAGCGUAGCCCGAACCUGACCAACGUAGUGGUGCUGGAGCAGUACCGCAUAGAGGAGCUCAUGAACACAUUUGACUCCUUCAACCUGGCCUCCUCCUCCCGGUGACAGAGCUCCCCUCCUGCAUCUCCUCAGCCAUAACCAAAAUUCCUGCAAGCCAGGACAAAAGACACAGAUUCACUUUGGUUUUCAACUUGCCCAUUCAUUAUUUAAGAUCAUUUUUGCUACUACUGCUAAUACUUGCCGAACAGCCAGUUGAAUACGUUUACUCAUCAUUACUGUUUACAAAAAGAAAUACCAAGCCGCCAAUAAAAAAAAUACCAGUUUACUCUCAGAUGGUGCUUUCAAACAGAAACCCUGGCAACAGUGAUGUUGAGAACCAGGGGGCAGUUGGUGCUGCCAUUGAACAAACUGUGGAGGGUAGUUGAUGGCUUCAAUGGCGUGUUUCUGUCAGUACCAGAAAGAACUUUUUUUCUGUUGUUGUUGUCGUCUUGAAUACUGAAAUUUGUACAAGCUGUUUGCAAUUUUGUGGGGUGCUGUCUUUUUUAAAAUAAUUUAUUGUUUUGUUUUUCUAAACUAGAUCAGCCUAGAUAUAUACCACAUUGGCCUUGUAUUUAGAAAAGAGACAAAAUGAAAAAUACUAAUAAUAGAGAUAUGAACAUUUUUCUAAAGCAUUAAGAAUUUUAAAAAAAAUUGUUUGGAAUGCUUCAAAACAUACGGGUUUUAACGACUUUGGUUGUUUUAGGGGGGGAUUUCAUUUUUGUUCUUCAGAUUCUUGUAUGUGUUGUAAAUCUUGUUUUUAUCAAUUAUACUUUUAUUUCCUCUGGAUAUUAAUAAUCAGUUGUCACACAUCAUCAGGUCUUUUUUGUUCAUUGCUUCCAUCUCUGUACGAACUAUCUCUUUAAAAAAGAAAGAAAAAAAUCAUUGUCAUCUGGUGUUUGUGUGUUGUACCUCUGAUUGUUUUGUUCCGAUAUGCAGACUUAGUAUUUCCUGGAUUUUUUUUUUUUUGGCAUUGUACAUUUAAUUUAAAAAGUUUCCUCUAUUUAUUGGAUAUCAAUGUUCUCUCUUUUUUUAAUAGGGUUGUACAAGUUUGCGAUUUUUUUUAUUUUAUUUUUUAUGGUGACCGAUUGCUCUGUAAGAACUGAAAUGUUGGGGUUGUGUGUCCGCGGGAGUGGAGGCUGCUGUUUCUCUGGUGCUUGCCUCCCACGACUCCUGCAUUUUUCUCCUGAUAUAUAUUAAAUGAUAUCUUUAUCUUGAAUAUAACGCCACCUUUCCUGUAGAAGAUAGGCACACUGCUCACGUAGAGAAGAUGACUAAUGGAAUGCUGUGUUUGUAUGCUCAUUAAGGAAAAAACAAAACUACUUUUUCCAAAGUGUUUUGAGAAACGGUAAUUUUUUUUAUUAUGUAGGGGGCUUUUAGACAAGAUUUUAAUGAUUUUAUGAUAUUAUCUGUUGAAUAUGAUAACGGGAUAGAUGGUGCUAAAUGUUCUCUUUGAACAACCUUUUUUCUGUUUGUCUUCUUAAAAUGAGAAUUCUAUUUUUCCUGUUGCAAUAUUACCUUAACCUUUUCCUUCUCUUUGUGGUCAUUUAUUUAUAACUGCACUGUUUAGAGAAUUCACACAGACAUACUUGCAGACACACACACACACCAAACUGAGCCAGACAUGUCUUAAACACUUGUGAAUUUGUGUGACAUUACUAUGACUAUUAAUAAACGCUU